AUGGUGGUGUGGAAUGCCAAUGGUACUAUGGAGCCCAUAUUUAUUCUGAAGGGUUUUCCUGGACUGGAGUAUGCUCAUUCUUGGCUCUCAAUUCUAUUCUGCUGUGUAUUCCUGGGAUCAUUUAUUGGUAAUAUUACCAUUCUGUCUGUCAUUUGGAUUGAGUCCUCACUCCACCAGCCCAUGUAUUAUUUCAUUUCCAUUUUGGCACUAAAUGACCUAGGUAUGUCCCUGUCCACACUUCCCACUAUAUUUUCUGUUUUAUGGUUGCAUACUCGAGAAAUUCAGGCAAGUGCUUGCUAUGCUCAGCUCUUCUUCAUCCACACAUUCACAUUCCUGGAAUCUUCACUGCUAUUGGCCAUGGCCUUUGAUCGUUUUGUUGCUAUCUGUCAUCCACUUCACUAUACCACCAUCCUCACCAACAGUGUAAUAGGCAAGAUUGGUUUGGCCUGCUUGCUAAGAAGCAUGGGAGUUGUACUACCCACACCUUUGCUGCUAACCCAUUAUCACUACUGCCACGACAAUGUCCUCUCCCAUCCUUUCUGUUUGCACCAAGAUGUUCUGAAAUUGUCCUGUUCAGAUGUCAGGAUCAACAACAUUUAUGGACUGUGCAUAGUUAUUGUCACACUAGGUGUGGAUUCAGUCUUAAUUCUUCUUUCUUAUGUCCUGAUUCUGAAUGCUGUGCUGAGCAUUGCAACUGGUGAAGAACGGCUCAAAGCACUCAACACAUGUGUAUCCCACAUCUGCGUGGUGCUCAUCUUCUUUGUUCCAGUUAUUGGAGUGUCAAUGGCCCAUCGCUUUGGGAAGCAUCUGUCUCCUGUAGUCCACAUCCUCAUGGCUAACAUCUACCUGCUCCUUCCCCCAGUGCUUAACCCCAUUGUCUAUAGUGCCAGGACAAAACAGAUUCGGCUAGGAAUUCUCCGCAAGUUUGGGCUAGGGAGGAGGCUUUAA